GUUAUAUGUCAGUGAUUCAGAAACUUGAUACAGAAUGAGUUAAGUAUAUGCAUACUAAUUUAGAAAAUGGGCUUCUCUGGCAUGUUUAGUAAUAGUUAUAUCUUUGCAAAGUUUGCAGUACAUCUGUCUGGAUUGUACAUCCCCUGUACAGAUGUACAGAGAUAACACUGCGUGGAAGAUGGGUGCUGUUCCUAUGUGGACCCAAAAGAGUGAUGUACCAAAAGUCUGUCAUUACAUGGAGUUUCUCCUAAGCAAAUCAAAAGUUCCUGGACAGAAAAAAACCUUCCAAGUGGUGUUCCUUGAUCAUUACAUCCUGAUGUGGCCUUGGACCAAAAAGGAAUUAACCCUUACAUUGUAUUUAGAGGAUAUUUUUUCUGACUUGAAAGUGGGGUGUGUGGUAUUUAUGGUGGCACUAGACGUGCCUCAGAAGCUGUCAGCCCCACUACAGGGACAGCUGAUGGAACUGAAAACAGAGGUACAUUUAGGAGGAAUGGCAGAGGUUUAGUAAUGAGCAGUUCAUGUUCCGUGUCAGCAUGCUUCUGCUUUCACACAUACCUGCCUCUGUUGAAGUCAAUAUAGCAUUUUCUGGUUUCCACAGAUAGUAUUUGGCCUACUGCAAUUAAAUCUAUCUGUAUUAGGUCAAUGUGCUAAGUUACGGUAUGCUUAUAUACUGCUAACAUUAAGUGGUACGUUCUGCCUCCUUCUUUGAGCGUAAGGUAAUGUCCAGUUACGGAGUGGAACUUAAAGAAAUGAGAAAGCUGCGACCUAAGGCUCUGAAAGUUCAGAUGGAGAAAAUGGAACAGAUGAAAAAAGAAAGGCAGGAAAAUCACCUACUGUGUUGCUGCAGACCCCUACCACUGAAAUGGAAUAUUUUGAUGACCGGAAAAAAGUUGACGGUGCUAGGACAAAAAGCAGCACAGAUAGUCCACUCCUGAACGUCGAUAUCAAGAGUGACUCCAAGACUGAAAGGAAAAAACGUGCCUCAAAUCAGCUGAAGGCAAAUGCACACUUUCAUAAGCUGUUUCUAGAUGUUCCCAUUGAUGAGCCACUGAAACAAAGUUUUACCUGUGCUUUGCAGAAAGAAAUUCUGUACCAAGGAAAGUUAUUCCUUUCUGAAAACUGGAUUUGCUUCCAUUCGAAGGUUUUUGGUAAGGACACUAAGAUUAGUAUACCUGCGCUCUCUGUGACGCUUUUGAAGAAGACCAAAACUGCCCUUCUUGUGCCAAAUGCUCUGAUCAUAGCAACAGUCACAGAUAGGUACAUGUUCGUCUCCUUACUCUCCAGAGAUACUACCUACAAGCUAUUAAAAUCUAUCUGUAGACAUCUUGAGGAUAAAAGCAUGGGCAACAGUCCAAAUCCCUCUUCUGCAGAAAACAGCUUCAGAGCUGAUCGUCCUACAACUCUGCCCUUGGAUUUCAAUGAAGACUAUUCUGAUCUGGAUGGAAUAGUGCAGCAGCGGAGGCAAGAGAUGGAAGAGUCCAGCAGCACAGGCUCACAGACCCCAGAGCUGGAAUGCUUCCAAGAUUAUCAUGUUGUUGAGACACAGACUCACUUGAAAGUUUCCAAGACUGAGGCAAAGUCUCUCCGCUCAGAUGCACACAGUAAACGUGGACCUGAUGGAAAAGCCCGAAACAGUCCUCGAAAUGGCCAUUCUGAAGCCUUCAGGUUCUUCCACAAAGUGAAGACCCAGAAGCUCUUAUCUCUGAACCAUGUACUUAUAUUUUAUGCAGUUCUGGUUUGUGUAUUAAUAUUUUCUACCUUCUACAUGAGAUACAAAAUCAGUGUCCUGGAGGAACGUAUUAUUUCCAUCACAUCCUUUGAUUCACAUAUUAAGGAACGUGCAGGGCACCAAGGUUUGGGAUCUCAUCUGCAAAUUAAUGCUGAUGCCCUUUGUGAUGAGUUAACUGCUAAUCUUAUAAAAUUGGAAAAGAUACAGAACAACUUACAAAAACUACUUGAAGAUCGUGAAUGAAACGUCGAUGUUCUUGGACUGCUUCAGACCUCAUUCUUCUCUCUUGAAAACAGUUCCAAAGGAGCUCUGCUGGCCAGAGUUCAAGCUUCUCUAUUUUCAGUCCAAACCAAGCUUAAACUACUGUAAAGCUCAUGUCAUAAUGCAGAAAGUCAUUUUAUUCUUGAGCAUGCAUCUAUAAGUGUUGAAAACCUGUAUGUUCUGAUCUACAACGUGUAUGUUUUGAUCUACAUGUACGUAUAUGCUUUAAAAGUAAGGGGAUUUUUUUCUUCUCUGUUGUGUGUGAAUUAAUGGAUUUUAUAGCUUGCUUGAUUCUAGACUUGCUUACACCAGCACAAACCUGGUGCAUCAAUUUUUUACCUCAGCAUUUGCUUUCUGCUAUCAUCAUACAAGUGUAAAUGGGAAGAAUUUCAGUCAUGACUCAUGCUGAAGUGUUGUGUGAAUAAGCUGGUCAGUUACGGUUAUGGAUUGAUGCUUUGCUAUACAUUUUUACUAUUUUGUGCUGGGGUGUCCCAGAGCUCAGAAGACAGUCACCUCUGAAUGUGGUUAUGUGAAGUUCUGAAUGCUCGAGGUGUGCUGUAAAAAGGCUCAAUUCUGCUUUCUGUGGCAUUGCAUCACCGCUGAGGGUAAGGUCUGUUUCUUACAGACCUAAGGAAACUGGGGAUUCAGUUUCCACUGAAGUCAAGCUUGAAAUAUGUAUGGACUUGCCAACUUAAAAUCAAGUUGCUUAUAAAUAGCAGUAUAGAUGUGACAUAUCUGCACAGCUUAGAAUAACUGCUAGGUUUUUUGUCCACUCAUAGUCUCUGUCCAUUAAGUUAAUCGGUGUGAAGACCCUGAGUCAGCUUUCCUUGGAGUUACAUGGGGUUUUGGUUAGCUGAACAAGUGCAAUUUGUGCUCCAGUUGAUGGAAAUCUAGUCGUGGUAUGUGACUCCAGGGAACAGAUAUUUCCACAUAACAGGAACUGGUGAAUUAAUGAUGCAGCAAUACAAUCACUAGAAUGAAUGAAGAAGUGAUAUCGUACUAUUUUUUUCACAGUGCCUCAAUGGGAUAACUGGGGAUUUUUAGCUUUCUAAUUCACCAGGCAGGCUGGUUAGUUUUUAAAAAGCAGUAUUUAGGAUAAUAAAAACUAGUAUCUUUAAAGUAACAGUAUUGUUUAUAAUAUGCUAUGCAUUUUAUAACCAUUUCUGUGAAAUGUACCCACUUUGUUUGAAUAAACUUUUUUAAAACAAG